GUGAGCGAGCAACCGACCUUGACUGCGAGGGGGACGAGAACUAAACGAGUGGCAGCCCCGUUAGCCAAUCGCAUUUCGCCUGGCCCUAGGUCUUUAAAGCUUCUGCUAAUGGCUUUUGUCUGAAGGCGGGGAGGAGCUGGCUCGGUUUGGCUACUGAUUAGCAACAAACAGAAGGUUACGAGUUGGUAAAAUCGGACUCUCUGACCACCAGACAGGCUUUGCGGCAACGGGAAGGGUAUGAAGUAUGUCGGGUUUCUAGCCGCAGCUUGACGGCUCGCUUUUGAGCGCACCCGGCCGUGAUUUCCGACGUUUCGGGCUGAUCGCGGAGACAACCUCGCUUUUAGGUCGUUGAAGUGGCGAUGCUGAGCUGAUAGCUGCGUCAUCAUGUUGCUUCCGACUCGAGUUGGCGAAAAGAAAUCUCAAGUUAACGCCGGAGGUGAGGCUGCCCGCAGUCUUCCAGCCGCGGAGGCCACUCCCGGCCCCUGAAGUAGAUGGAAGACGGGCUGCCGGUGAGAGGUCGGCGGUGAAGCCUGCGUGCGUGGUCGCCGCGAAACGGGUGACUUUACAUCACUUGGCUCGGUGUUGUUGGCGCGUUAUUCUCCUGGCCGAAUUUUAUCAUUUACACUUGGAUGGACGGUCAAAAAUUUCUGUUGAUGUUGCGUGACGUUGGAAGCCCCCCCUCCUCAAAUCGUACAGAAAUAUGAACGAAGGUCUCCCAAACAGAGAGCGCAACUAUGGCAAAAAAAAAAAACCUAGGGAUGUGAGUCACAAGUGUGCGGAUAGUGCAGAGUGAUGCCACCAUUGACAGCUAGGGUACAAAGCGGGACCCUCCAGUGAAAUGCCGCUGACCCCCGUCUGAUAGUGACUUUCUUCUUAACAGCCAGUUGAGGAAAAAAGCGAGCUUUUGUCAGUCACAAUGAGAGACGUUACGGUUGACUUUAGCUAAGGGCCGUAACCGAGUGGACGGCUACAGAGCCAGGCUAUCGGCAGGGGUGCCGAAGGGUGUUCGCCGGGGCUCAUUGUUCGAUCUGGGGUCUGUUGAUCGCUGUCACCGCAUCCACGUGGAUUUGGUCUCGGGACGGUGGGCGAAGUUUCGCCCGUAGCUCCCACCGCCGUGACGCACAGGGGGGGGCGACCCGGGCCGAGCAACGGAGGGAGUGUAACUGACGACUCCACAGAAGAAGAGGCUGCGAGGCUCUCCGGACCGGAGAAAGUUGCAUUUUUCCAUCAGAAUCAUAAACCGGCUAAAAUGGCCGGCGACUGCGCCCGCACCAACGCUCACUACGCGAACUCUGAGACGUUUUGUCCGUCCCAACCCUGGUCGGGCGGAGACCGGGAGAGACCCGGGGAUAUGGAGUCAGCCGUGAACUCACAAGGGCGUGGACCUCCCGCAUGGGGGUCGCCCAACUUUGAGGUGAUAGACGGACUGCUGUACCGCAAGAAAUUGGAGAAGGGUUUCAUCAACUACCGUGAGGUUUUGGAUGAGGACCGGAGACACGAGGCCAUCUCCACCUUUCACCAGCGGCGGCAUGGCCAGCGCCACCUCUCUCUGGAGGAGACCUACAAAUGCGUGGCUGAAAACUACUGGUGGGAGGAGAUGUACUUCCAGAUCAGAGAUUUUGUCCUGGGCUGUCCAGAGUGUCAGAGACAGCGCACCAAGAAAACGGAGGAGCUGGGUGGCAGAGGAUGUGUCACAAAGACGAUGGCGUCACACAGCGCGGACAUGCUGAGCAAGCUGAGGAGUCAGCGGGAGGCGGGGCUGUUCUGCGACAUCACCCUGCGGACAAACGGCCGAUCCUACUCGGCCCACAGAGCCGUUCUGGCGGCCGUCAGCGAUCACUUCCAGGAAAUCUUCACAGAGAUGGACUUGAGCAUGAAAGCGGACAUAGAUCUCACAGGUUUCAGUGAGGACAGCCUUCUGUCGCUGCUGGAUUUCUCCUACUCCUCCACUCUGUGUGUUCGCCAGGAGGACCUGCCUGAAGUCAUCGCCAUGGCCCGCCACCUGGGCAUGUGGCCUGCGGUGGAAGCCUGCUCCGCUCUCAUGAAGGAGCAAGAACAGCAACUCCGUCCUCUAACUCCAGCCUCCAAGGGCUUUACCUCAACCUGUGCUGGUGCAUGCCGCGAGCGUCAUCACCAGCAGAGGGAAAGCAAAAGGAAAAAAGUUUUGGGACUAGAGGAUAACAUGAACAAAGGCUUCAGUCUAAUGCUGGACGCAUCAGAUGAAUCUCUAGAAGGGAGUCCCAGGCACAAUUUGCGCAGAAUGGCAAAACCCCAAGGUCAUAACGGCCUCCCUCUGAGUCCCUCACACAGGAUGAAGCUAAUGGACUUCAAAUCUCCCUCUUCCAAGAAAGCUACUAUACCUCGACACACCAUAGCCAACCUUCAGUCACAGAAUUACUCACCCCUACCUCCAAACACCCGCCUUCUCCGCUCCACCCCAGGGGCUGCCAACGAGGUUCAGAGAUUGCUGCCCAUGCCAGAGAGCCCGCGACGAAACAGAAAAACUCAUUCUGUGACUCGGCUCUCGUGCACCUCCAGAUCAAGGCCCAGCGCAGCGUGCAGCCCCGUGAGGGUGAAGCAGGAAGUAGAGGAGAUCGGAGAAGAUGAAGAAGAUUAUGCAAGAGCUCAGGAGAAGUACAAGUUGAUGAAUGUUCUGGGGCUACAAAGGACCGCACUCCUCCCCAGACCAGAAGAUCUGAUUGGUUGGAGACAAAAGAAACGACUGAGGAAACUGAAGGCAAACAACUACUCACUGACUAAAAGGCGGAAGCCCCGCGCUGCCUCCCCAGGGCGACCAUAUGGGGAUGUGACACUUCCCCUCUGUAACCCCGCUAACACUCGCCUCCUCAACAAAUCAGUAAAAGCCAAGCCUCUCAGCCCAGUCAGUGCAGAGCAGAUUACAGCGAAGAGGCCAAAGACCGUACUGCGAAAUGUCCCUCCAAGCGACAGGAGCAUGCGAAGUAAAGGUCUGUUACCAGACAUUUUCCAGCCUGCAUCCAGGCCUUCCUUCGGGGGGAGAGAACUCAGACGGUCCGUGAGGAAGGGUGACGGUGCCCACCUUCCUGCCCAGCAGCCCCUGCGACGUAGCACCAACAAACCUCUUGUGAGAAAUACAGUCAGGAUCAAAUCAGAACCAGCUGAAUACUCUAUCUCAGGUCUCUCUCUUUCAUCGAACAGUUGUUGUGGCCACACAUCUCACAGAUCCCCGCCUUCACAGAGGACACAGUCCAGAAAUAAGGUCACUGUAGAAACGGUCAGAACGCUGCGUUACAACAGCAGCCGACCAGCAACAAAGGCUAAGCUUAAGCGGGGCUCCACAAGAGAGGUCGAGAAGACCAAGUGUAAGCCCAGGGAGGAGGGGAGGAAAGUGGGGAGCCAGGGGCUGAGGGGGGUCACGGACACUAGACUGAGAGUGAAGGAUAAUGAACCUGGUGGGUUCCAGUUACCAGAGCAUGGACCUCCACCGUCCAUCUACAGCCACCCUCUGUACAAAGUCAUUAAAGAGGAGCCAGCAGAGCCAGUGCCAGUUGUUGGACCUUUCCCUGAUCCUCCCUCACCAGACCUAGGCAAACGCCAGAGCAAGCCCCCCAUCAAAUUACUGGACUCGGGCUUUCUCUUCAGCUUCUGUCGGCCAGCAGGGGGGCCCAUUGCAGGACUGAAGAAGGAGGAAGAGAGCGUGGAUAUCUGCUUAACACGCUCUGUGUCACAAGUUGGGGAAAAAUUUGGAGCCGAAGAGCCUCCCCACAGGGCACUGAGAGCCAGAGGGCCACCCACCAUGCCUGUGGUGAAGAGGGAGAGGGAGGAGAGGAGAGUGAGCCAGAACAGAAUUCAGAGACCCAGGGGAAGCUCCGGAAACACCACUCUUCAUCUGGCCAAAGCUGCUGGGUCCAAGGCCACACGGACCACGCCAAAGCAACAAGGUAAACGCCUUGCUCUGAGCAGCAGGAACUGUGUCGUGCUGGAUUCUGUACGACGGGCACGGCUGAAACAGCUUCGAGGGCCUCGUAGUCAAGCCCCUAAAGUCCCAAAGGCGGCCCAUGCCUGUCUGCAGUGCUCAGCCUCCUACAGGGACUGUGAUGCUCUAAUCAUGCAUCGCCUCAGGCACAUCGAGGGCAAGCACUGGCCCUGUCCGCUCUGCAGCAAGACGUUCUUUCGACUAAGGAAUGUACGGAACCACAUCCGCACCCAUGACCCCAAGUUGUACAAAUGCCGGAGCUGCAUUGUUGCUGGUUCCUGAGGCAGCUGGAGGGUCUGCUUGGGCAGCGAAACUGGGGUAAGCGAAGGAUGAAGGCUGUCAGUGUCUGACACCAGCGAACAGAGCUGAAACCAGAGGCACAUGAUCGAUCAGCAGCUUGUACAUAACGCAUCCGUCACACACAAGCACAACGGUCUGUGGAAAGGCAUAAUUACUCUGAUUCUAAUCAUUGCCCUUGUCAGUGAUUGCUAAUGUUAUUUAAAUAACCGAACCAAGGUUGCUGUUCCUGUUUGCGUUUCCAUAGCUACAGAAGGUUAAACUUGAACAUUACACUCAGGGGGCGGGGAAUGUGAUGCCACGGCAUAAAGUGAUAUAACAUCACGGUUGUGUAUAAAAUGAAAUGUAAAGUGAUUGUUAUAACUAUUACUGCUACUUAUUGUUAUCAUUAUUUUUCUAUGUAUAGAUGAAUUUUGAGUGCACUUAUAUCAUAGCUUAUGUUGUAAACCUAAGAAGUGGUAAUAAAGUUGAAGGUUUGGAGUCCACGGCAGGAAUACUUGAAGUGUUGCAAACGUUGGAGGGAAUACUUGAAGUUUGACGGGAUCGUAGGAUUGAGACUGUCUUUGGGUGUGUCAAUGGUUUGACUAGUCUCGCCCUCCUUUCAUAUUGAUCUGCUAGUCUCACAUAGUCCAUGAGUCGGGGAUUUGACUCAGUGCUGGUAUGAUGACAUCACUGCAUGUGUAUUUGCAGGCCAUUUAUUGUCCACUGUCUUUUCUAAGGCUGCCAAUUUUAAAAAGGGAAUCGUGUCUCGUUUUUAAUGUGAAUUUCUGAAUAGUAAUCAACACAACUGUGUCGUUACUUAUGUUUUUAUUAAUCUUUUCUUCCACUUCAAUCCAAAACACUUUUUUUCCUUUUUUUUUUUUUUAACUUCAAAUUCCCCUCCUACUGAGUAAAUGCAAUGUGUGCACAUAAAGAGAUGUUUCUUUCACAAAUUGAUUUUUAGAAAUAAAUGAGCUGUCUCUCGCUAUCUGUUAAAAGACUGAAUAAAUUUUUGCCUUUGAUAUCCUGUUAUUCUUGCUUUAAUUACACGUAAUAUCAUUUAAAGAAACCAAGGGUAGUCUAGCCAGUGUGACAAAUGUCUGGACUAUUUAAUGAACAUUGAUUUUUAUGAUUCAAACUACACUAUUACUGCUACUAGUGUAAAGUAGUAGAGUUAUAUUCCAGAAAAACGUGACUAUGCCACAAGAAGAGCCAACCUAAAAUUCAAGAGGAAUCUCUCUUGAGGAUUUGAUUUGUUGCCUAAGAAAUGGUGUAACUUUCUUCCUAAUUUUUUUUUAAAAAUUUCAUUUUAUACUAAUAAUUACUUUGAAAAAGGUGGCAACUACUAUUACCAACAACCAGUAUCAUGUUUGUGUAGUUAAUACAGAUAACUGUUUGCUGUAUCAAAGGGACUAUGUUUGUGGUUUGGACUUUUGGUCGGACAAGCAAGCAUUCACCAUCAGUGUCUUAUAACCUGAUUGAUAAAUCGAGAAAAUAAUGCGUGAAUGUAUCCCAUACAGGAGAUAUUUGUC